AUGAACGCGACUCAUUCUUCAUCCAGCAGCGGCGGCUCAGGCAUCGGCUCAGGGCCAUUGGGCUAUGGCAACACACCAACGUGUUACUUUGUCAUGAUUGGCACAAAGGACAACCCCAUCUACGAGGCAGAGUUCGCCUCUGUCAACACUGCCCGGUCAUCUUCAGGAGGAGCCACCAUUCCCGAAGCCAAGAAAGAAGAGUUCCGUCACUUGAACCAAUUUAUCGCACACUCAGCACUGGACAUGGUCGAUGAUAUUCAAUGGAGCACUAAUCAAAUGUACUUGAAGUCAAUCGACAAAUUCAACGAGCGGUUCAUUUCUGCAUACCUGACGGCAGGAAACAUCAAGUUGCUGCUCCUGCACGACGCCAAGAGCGAAGAUGGCAUUCGCAACUUUUUUAAUGAUUGCUACGAACUGUACAUUAAGACGUUAUUGAACCCGUUCUAUGAACCUAACUCGAUCAUCAGUUCUGCAGCAUUCGAUACAAAAGUCAGGCUGAGCGCCAAACGAUACCUUUGA